AAUCAUGGCUGGGCUUCCGUCGGUGAAAUUGUAAUCCCUCCGUGCUUUCCACAUUCUGAUCUCACUGCUCUUACUGCACAUAUAGAGAAUUUUGUCAAAAAUGGCAGUGAAAACUAGGGUUUUGAAAGCUGUGGUGGGGUUGAUGGCAUUGUGCCUGGCAGGUUACAUAGUAGGUCCACCUCUAUAUUGGCACUUGUUGGAAGGCAUAGCUUCUGUCAGCCGCUCUUCUUCCACCUCCUCUUGCCCUUCUUGCAUUUGUGAAUGUGGCUCUGUGCCCCUUCUCACCAUUCCGAAAGAUCUGAGCAAUAUGUCCUUUGCAGAUUGUGCAAAGCAUGAUCCUGAUGUGAGCGAAGAUACUCAAAAGAACUUUGCGGAGCUAUUAUCAGAGGAAUUAAAACUACGAGAAGCUGAAGCUUUGGAAAAUCAGCAGCGCGGUGAUAUGGCACUACUCGAGGCUAAAAAGAUGACAUCCCAAUACCAGAAAGAGGCAGACAAGUGCAAUUCCGGGAUGGAGACAUGUGAAGAGGCUAGAGAAAAAGCAGAAGCAACUCUAUUGGCACAAAAAAGGUUGUCUGCUAUGUGGGAGCUGAGAGCACACCAAAGAGGAUGGAAGGAGGGAAACGCCCGUUCUCAUCCCCAGUAACACCUCAAUAUGGAGACUAUGGAAAAAUUUUAUGGGUUUCAUAGAUGAUUAAGAAUUAAGCUCCUUAUACAAGAAUUUUUGGCACCGCUGCAUUGGCUGGUUGCUGUAUGCUUUCUUUUAUUGGCAUUUUGUCAAAAACUUUGUCAACCAGCCCUGUACAAGUAGCAGGAUUGGGUAAUUAAUUAUCCCUCCCAAGUAUUUAGAAGUUCACUAUACCACAUCUCAUCUCAAAAAGGGCAUGAGGUAUGUUAGUAUUAUCAAAGUAUGAAGCAGAUAAUCCAUUUUUGUUUAGUGGUUUAUUGUGUAUUUCGGAAGUUGUUUUUAUUAGAUUUAUUUGUUGAAAU